CACUCAACUGGUUGAAGUGAAAAAGCCCAAAUAUUGGACAAUCAGUCGUUGCGGAAACAUUGACGAGGUUGUGAGUCAAAAACAUUGUCGCUGAUACGGAAAACAGUGCGGUUUGCUACGACGGUGAUAUGUGUUCGUUGGCAGCGCGCAAAAGCGGAAAUUGUGACGACUGCAAGGCUGUGCGGCCACGCAGUCAUAAAAAUUGCAGUGACAAAGCGAAAAAUUGUCGCGGAAAUUUGCAAUUAAAUGAGAAAAUUGGGCUGACAAUCCUACUGCUGGCAGCGUGUUUACUGCACUGCAAUCUGGCCAUUGAAGAUGAAGAGGAUGGUCCAUACCGUGGGAAAUAUUUGGGGAAAAUUAAUUCAUAUCAUCACCAGGUAUCAGGUGAUGUGUAUGCCGUUAAUGAGUACACUUUUCUCAUAAUCGGUUUCAAUUACGACGGCAAUGGCGCGGAUACAUUCUUUUGGGCAGGCGCUUCCAAUCGUCCCGGUCCACAGGGUUUCAUUGUGCCAGAUGAAUAUGGCAAAACUAACAUACUAGAUCGUUAUCAUAACAAAGAUUUCACGCUAUCACUGCCCGAUCGAAAGAAAAUAACUGAAAUCAAAUGGUUAGCCGUGUACGAUCUGAACAAUCAGAACAAUUUCGGAGAUGUUUAUAUACCGGAAGAAUUCGAACCGCCACGUGCACAAGCCGGCGGCACUUUCUCUCGCCGCAGUCACAAUGUCAGCAGCAGCGCUCUCGAGAUGCUCGACUCGAAGACGAUACGCAUUAAAGAUUUCACCUACGAUGGACUGGGUAAGCGUACAUUCUUUUGGACCGGCGUGGGUGCACAACCGUCUAGUCGCGGCAGCAAGAUACCCGACGAAAUGGGAUACUUGGAUCCGAUACGGAAAUAUGAGAAAGAGACUAUUACAUUAGAGUUACCCGGUGAUAAGACGAUUUUUGACAUCGAUUGGAUUAGCAUAUACGACUUAGCUGAUAAUGAGAAUUUUGGACAUAUUUUAAUAGCCGACAAUCUGAAUGUACCGCCAUCGUUAGUGAAGAUAACGCCCUAUGAAUUUUCGCUGCCAAAUUGUCGGCAAUUGCAUAAGAAUUUGCAGGUCUCUUGGGAGGUAUUUGGCCCACAAAUAACAUUACAGCUAUCCGGUCAGGUGGAAAAGAAUGAUUACAUGUCCUUUGGUAUAUCCGGUUCAGAGACAUCAAGUCAAAUGAUUGGCGCCGAUGUGGUUGUAGCAUAUAUCGAUGAUAUACGCGGCUACUCAGUGGACUACAAUAUUACUUCUUUGGCGCCGUGCGUUCAAGUGUUGGGACAAAAUAAGGGUGUUUGUCGUGAUGAUGUAGUCGGUGGUUUGGACAGUUUUCAGCUCAAUACUUAUAGCCGUAAGGACGGUAUAAAUACAAUUACUUUUCGGCGGACUCUGAUCUCAUCGGAUUCGGGUGAUAAAGAAAUACGUCUAGACAAAAGUAAUUAUGUGGUGUGGGCCUUAGGAGAAUUGGAUUCUAAUUCAGAGCCGGCAUUUCAUUUUGUAUAUCCAAAAAGUGAUAUACUCAUCGAUUUCAAUACAACAGAGCCGAUAAAUGAUUGCUUUAGCUUUACAAAGGCACCCGAGGCACCAAUCCAAAUAUGGGAUCGUGUGCGCUUACAUGAUCCCACUUUGCGUACUUUUAAUGCAUAUCUCGGACCGUCGGGAGGUCUGCGUGGCUACCAAGGUAUUACUGGACAUGUGUCUAGUGGCCUUGCUUGGUACAUUAACGGAUAUAUGACGCCUGAGAUGUAUUUGAAGCGUGGUCUUACAUACGCUUUUAAGGUACGUGGUGGCAAUAAUCCACAUUCGCCAGAACAUUAUCAUCCAAUGGUUAUAACUGAUGAACCUCAUGGCGGCUUCGAUCGCCUUAGCGACGCAAAACAAAGUGAAAUCCGUGUACUUGCCGGCGUGGAAUUCACACGACGCGGUCGCCCCAAACCAACUGCAGCCGGUCCAUUAUGUCUCUCCAAAUAUCCGCUCAGCUAUGAUCGUCGUUUGGAUGAUAAUUUUCCUAGUUUCAAGAAAUUCAAUCGUUCACUCAUAAGUAUUUGCCCUAAUGAAGAUCCCGCAAUUUUGGAAAUCACGCCGAAUAUUACAUGGCCCGAUACUGUGUACUAUAAUAGUUUCACACAUGCCAACAUGGGUUGGAAAAUUCAUAUUGUUGACAGUUUUACGAAUUUACGAAAUGGGGCACUUCAAAAUGCCGUUAUGCUGCCCGCUCAUUUGGGACUGAUAUUAUUGUGUUUAAAAAUUUGCAUAAAAUUAAUACGUGAUCAGUAGAAGAGAAGCACAUAUAUGCUCCUGCGCUUCUUGUGAGAAACUCCGAAAAGUGCAAAUUUUAAACGAGUAAAUUAAAUGCCUUUUCACACUAAAUAACUGACUGAUUUCAAUUAUUCAAUGUAUUUCAUAAUUUCAUUCAUUAUGCAUAAAUAUAGAUAGCGACAUACAUAUGUAUAUGUACACAUUUGCGUGAUUAUAAAAGCAUAUUUCUAUGUACAUAUGUAUGUAUGUUUAUGCUUACAUACCAAUCCGAUAGUCACAUUAACUUUGUAUAAAUACUUGAACAAUUUCGCAGGGUCUUAUUGUAAAAGUCACAAUGUAUUGUAGUUUAGCGCAUUUCGAUGUAAAUAAAUGAACUGUUGAUAACUAUAUACAUAUAUAGAAAGAUACAUUUUUUAGUUUUGA